AAUCACUAGUUUCAAACCAAGGGAGAUCUCAGUUUUUGUUCCCGAGUAGAUCUACUGAGUCACGAACUCGCUCGAGUCGCAGCUUCUUCUUCCUUAUUGAGUCAGCAAACAACCUCGGCUCGCUCGCCUCCCACCGAACUCAGCAGUCUCGCGCCCACUGCUGAGCCCGAGCUCCAGGCAUGGCCUGCACGACUGCAAUGGCGAGACCAGCGACGUUCCGGGCUCGUGAUCGCCAGCUCAAGGAGCUCGCCUUCGUGGCCUCGAGCUCUCCCCUCCUCAAAUUCGGCGCUUCCCGGGUCCGUCUGCUCAAUGGGAAGCUACAUCGUGCCGGAAAUGCGUCGGCUCUUCCCGUCAUCAGAGCCGAGGGCGGCACCCCAGAGUAUUUCCCAGAUGCCAAAUUCUACAAAGUAGAAGCGAUUCUCAGGCCUUGGCGUGUCCCCCAGGUUUCCUCGGCUCUGCUUAAGAUGGGUAUUCGAGGCGUUACUGUUUCGGAUGUUCGGGGUUUUGGUUCUCAGGGAGGCUCUACAGAAAGGCAGGCUGGCUCUGAAUUUUCUGAAGACAAGUUUCUAGCUAAAGUCAAGAUGGAGAUUGUGGUGAGCAAGGAGCAGGUUGAAGCAGUAAUUGACAAAAUAAUCGAGGAGGCAAGAACGGGAGAGAUUGGUGAUGGCAAAAUUUUCUUGGUGCCCAUCUCAGAUGUAAUAAGAGUUCGCACAGGUGAGCGUGGAGAGAAGGCCGAGAGGAUGAGCGGAGGCAGGGCCGACAUGUUCUCGACUUCCUAACAUUUUACAGGUUGUGGAUCCUUCAGCCAAGCUUUAGUUAGCAUCCAUUACCUGACUCACUCCUUGUAAAAGUUUCUGAAAUUUUACCGUGUUUGAAGAGUCUAGAGUCAACACCAGUCAUGUCUCUUGAGUCAUUGGACCAUGGUUGAUUAGGUCAAUAGUUAACCCAGACGGUCCAAGAGGAGGAAGCAAUGGAUCCGAAUGAUCGGCUUCUUAUGUAGUGCCUUGUCUGAAGGAGUGCUGUCAAUUACCUUGGGUUGCUGGGGGCCCUUCAACAUCGAUUUAGCAGUGCUAAUAAUGUUCUGUAAUGUCGCAUGUCAAUGAAAAUUUAGCAAGCGAAA